AAUCACAUAGCGUCGAUGGGGAAGCGACCAAGCAGCGGGUCCGUGUGCUGUGAGCACGCAGGGGAAACCCGAGCGGCUGCAGAGGGAGUGUGUGUCCACACAGACAGCUCCGGAGCUCAAGCUUCCUUAUCUGUCAACGGAGAAGGAAAGGAGACAUGUACAGGGCGAUUAUCUGCAUGUAUUUCCGCCGAGGGGCGGGAUUUUGCAGAGCCCGAUGAGAGCCGGCGGUGCAGCCGGGGGGAGGAAAAAUGGAGAGCGAGUGCGGGCAGAAGCGCCGUCCGGGAGCUGAAGCGGACGGCCCGGAGGGGUCCGGACACUCCUCGUCUUCUCAGUUCACUCGCAUCUGCCCCCAGGAUUUGCAGUUGCUCACGAAGUGAUAACCGCAAGCUGCUGGAUGAAGCAAAGAAGUUGCACAGGGCACAGUUUGAGUACAUCCUCCGACUGUACGGAAUUACAGAAAUUUACUUGGAGAGUAGAAUCAAAUCGUUGGGAUUGGUAACUGAAUUCAUGGAGAAUGGAUCUUUGGAAAACCUUCUUCACCAAUAUAAAGUCCCUUUGCCACUUCGCCUGCGCUUUGUGUACGAGAUUGCUUUGGGAAUGAACUUCCUACAUAACCUUGAGCCAGCCCUCUACCAUCAUGAUCUGAAGCCUGCCAACAUUCUACUGAAUAAGGACUAUCAUAUUAAGGUCUGUGAUUUUGGUCUGGCAAACUGGCGAAAGCUGACAAGUCAGAAUAGCAGCGACUCCAGUAAAAUUCACGGUACCCUUAGUUACAUGCCACCUGAAUGCUUCAAGGACAUCAAUUCUAGGAAAAGCAGGAAGUUCGAUGUGUACAGCUAUGGAAUUGUUAUCUGGGAGAUACUAACAUGCAAGAAACCUUAUAACCAUGCUGUAAAUUCUGAGCAUAUAAAACUGUGUGUGAGCAAAGGAAACAGACCUGACCUGAGGGAGAUCCCUGAGGAUGUUCUGAGAUCUUGUGAGAGACACAUCAGCCUGAUGAAAAAGUGUUGGCUUCCAGUUCCUGAUGAUCGCCCUCCCUUUUCAGAGUGUGUCCACAGUCUCGAGAAAGAACCGCAGAGCGAGGCAGACAUUCGAAUGGCAGUGCAAGCCCUGGCACAGCAGGAAACCACUUGUGUAGAAAGAGCCGGGGUUACGAGCAGUGGAGGUGAUGUGAAUGACAGCGUCAGCCUCUGUGAACCUGUUGAAGAACAGAAUGAAAACUUCAACCUUGUCGAGCCCGUUCCGGAAUCCGUCUGGAAUGAAGGCGUACCUGAAAUAUCACGGGAUGCCAGCCAGGAUAAAGUUGUGAAGUCUCCUUCAUCGGUGGUUACCAUAGAAGAAUGUAUGGAAUUGGCUGAACAAGUCAAUGUCAAGUGGAAAGAACUUGCCAGACGCUUGAGCCUGACCAAUGGGGAGAUUGACACCAUCGACUAUGAUCACCAUGGCUCAACUGAGAAACCCUAUCAGGUGCUCUGCAAGUGGAGACAGAUUCAGGGGCAGAAAGCAAAACGAGCAGAGUUAGAUAAAGUCCUGAGAAAUAUUAGGAUAGAGUAUCUAUGGAAGGAAUGAGCCCUGGUGCAUUAUUUCACUGCCUGGAUUCCCUUAUUAAAUCCCAAACUGUGGAAUACCCUUCCUGUUCAUCGGUUAAAGACUUGAUCUACUUUGUGCAAAUAGACGUGAACAUAGUAGGCGUUGGAAAUAAAACAGUCUCCAUAAUUAGGAAAGGUAGGCCAUCUGCAACAGACAGGAUUUCCUAGUGACCAAUCAUUUUAGUUACACUCUCCAAUCCCAUCCCACGAUGCAGUCACUUGAGUUGGAGGAGCAACUCCUCAUAUUCCAUCUGGGUAGCCUUCAACCUGAUGGCAUGAACAUCAAUUUCUCUAACUUCCAGUAAAUUCUCCCUCCUCUCUUUCCCUUCCCUUUCCAUUCCUCAUUCUAGCUCAUCCCCUCACCUCCUUAUAACCUCUGUCUGGUGUCCUUCCUCCUUCCCUUUCUCCCAUGGUCCACUGUCCUCUCCUAUCUUCUUCAGCCCUUUACCUUUUCCACCUAUAACAUGCCAGCUUCUCACUUCAUCUCCACCCACCCACAUUCCCCCUCACCUGGCUUCACCCACCACCUGCCAACUUGUGCUCCUUAUCCUCCCCCCCACCUUCUUCCCCCUUCCUUUCCAAUCCUGGUGAAGGGUCUUGGCCUGAAAUAUCAACUGUUUAUUCUUCUGCAUAGGUGCUGUCUGAGAGUGUGAAUGGGAGACUAGUCAUCUGAGGAAGGCCGUGUUCAGUUUUGUCCCGAUUUGCUGGCGGUAAACGUUUGUAAGCUGACAUACAAAGCCACGUGUUGGGCUUGGUCACCUGUAUACACUUUACACUUCUCUGGGUCACGAGAUCGGGGAUUCAGGCAGAUGCCAUGAUGGCUGCACUAACUGUUUUUUGGUGAGAAGUCGACUCACCUUUUAAGCAACCUCGGUGAAUUCCCUGGUACCACUCUCGGCAGGAUGUGACCUGACCAAAAUACGGUGAUAACCACGUUGGAUUGGCCAGCGUUCUUCCUUCAGACACCAGCCCCAUGCAUCCACUCCGGCCUUGGUGGCACUUGGCACAUUAGCUGGCGGAGUGGCGCUCCCGCGUUCAGUGGGCAGGCUGUUGUUCAGCAGCUUCCGAGAGGUAUUGAAUCAGACCCAACCAUUGUGCCUAUGUCAGUUCUGCCAUCCCGGGAACUGUGUCACUGACCGACCCUUCGUAUUCCCCCACUCGUUUACUUUACUCCGCUGUUUCGCUGGGUUUAUUCCUGGUGAGGUAUCCUGCGGCCUUUGCCACAUAACGUACAAAAGGGAUCCAAGGCUGCCAGAAACAGAACUCGUACGUGUAGCGUCCUCAGUGUGCAUCCAAUAAACUGCUCCAGAGGAUGAUAUUUCCCAGUGACACCGUUAGGAAUGUCAGUGUGCAUCCAAUAAACUGCUCCAGAGGAUGAUAUUUCCCAGUGACACCGUUAGGAAUGUCAGAGAACUGCGUCUCUGUCAGGAACCCAGCUAUACUAAUCCACCUAGUCCAUAACUAGUAGGCCUUAGAUUUCUUCAUUAAUCACAGGUACUGUGAAAUGCACCAUUUAAAAGGAGCCAGGGUCUUUUCCAUCUGCCACUGGUUGCUGAUUUGGAGGAACAACACUAAGUGGAAUGCUCUUUCAAAAUGUUGGCACAGGUUCAAUGAACCGAGUUACUCAUUCUGUGUAAUUACAGAAAGUUAUUUCGAAUGUACAAUCGAUAGUGACUAAGGGCUCAUGCGCUAGAAUUUCUAUGCCUUUCUAAAGAAGUGUCGUGCCAGACUGCAGAGACUUUGUCACAUUGUGCAAGUGUUUAUAGAGUAUACUGGACCUGGCCAAGCUCAUCAUUAAUGGGUCUACAUGGCAGGCAGUCAAAGGUUCUGCCUGAGCUGAUUGCUUGCCUCUCUUCUAGGGUUACAUCCAAGCCUGUGUGCACCCACAGAAGGAAUACAUUGUGUUCACGAGUUCAAUGAGAGAUUUCUGGGACAGUGGCCACCUCAGAGGCUUGAUAGUGAUAAUUUGAAAUUGUAAAUGGUGCUUCUCGAUACAGCUAUUGUACUGCAAUCAUCUUGUAAUUUCUGAAUAAACCGCCUUUGGAAAAGAAGAUAUAAAUUUGUUGAACAUACUGCCAGUUCUGCAUUUGGUUUCAUCAAAGGGGUUGCAUAAAAACUCAGGAGUGCAAAAGAUUCAGAGCAGUUGAUGUACCUAGAGAGAGUUAGAGUUCUGCACUGCAUCACAUUUCCCGAUCCCUUCCCUCACCAGCUUUCCCUGGGACUCACCUGGAUUAACCAUUUAAGAACUUUAUCUCAUAAUAUUUUGAAAGGAAGCAGUUAAUCUUUUCAAUAGUAUCUGAACCUUUUCACUUAAUAGAGACCUUGCAAGCAUUUAUAGUUCCCUUUAGGGAAUACAAUCUAAUUCCAUUUUUAGAGAAGAGUAGCAGUUAGUGUAUUACAGAGCCAGUGACCUGGAUUCAAUUCUGCCAGGGUCUGUAAGGAGUUCGAACAUUCUCUCCGUGACUGCAUGGCUUUCCUCUGGGUGCUCCAGUUUCCACCCAUAUUCCAAAGGUGUUGGGUUAGUAGAUUUAUUGUUCACAAGGCAAUAAUUGAAUGCUGUGAUCUCACUGGGCCGGAAGAGCUCGUUAUGGUGCUGUGUCUCUAAAUAAAAUGAAAUUUAUAAUAUUGUAAACUUCUGUUCAAAAUAAAAUCUCCUGCAAUUUUUUCAAUCCCUUC